AGUCGCAGCGCCUCCCGUCGGCGUUGACCGCCGUGGCUGCGCAGGCGCGCGUGGCUGUUUCGGCUCGAGCGCGCAGACGGCGGGCGGAGGAGAGGAGAAGAGGAGUCCUGUGUCACCCCUCCAACCGCUUCAAAUAAUAAAAGAGAAAGAAAACAAAAAAAAAAGAAACAGAAAGUGAGGGGGCGGGGGGUUGAAAUAGUGAAAAAAGCACCUCUUUUAUUUCGACGCUUCUUGAUAGUUUCCCCCCCCCCCAUUGGGGUUGAGUGAGGGUCCCUGUGUCGAAGGCCCUUGGUGUUGUUGUUGUAGGAGCUGCCUUUCCUCCCUUUUAUCUUUUGGAAGGCAAUAUCGAACCUUAAUUAAUCUUUAUCUUUAAUCCCCUCUCUCUUUUUAUUUGUUUUAUUCAGUUAUGAGGGUGUUUUGUCUUUACCAGGAAGCAGAGGGAUCUCUGACCCACCCCUUUCCAGUUUCUCUCCCUUCCUCCUUUUAAAUUAUUCUCAAUCUAUCUCCAUUAAUAUUUUAAUUUAUCUCUCCCCUCUCUUUUCUUGUUACCUAAGUCUCUUUUUCCCCCCACCACCACCACCACCACCCUGCUCUGUUUACGCCCUUCAAGCCCCAACCCCACCAAAAAACUCAUGAAGCUCGAGAUCCCUGAUGAAGAGCGACUAAAUCUUCCAUUUCUUUUCGUCAGUUCUUUUUAAACAGCGUCUUGAUCUCCCCUCUAUUGUCAUUAAACUUUCCAGAAGACAUGAAGGUAAAAGCUCUGAGGAGGAGGGUGUCAGUUGUGUUGAAUUCUUUCAUUUUAUUGUGAUUUGCAUCCUUAUACUCUUUUUUUUUUAAAAAGUAAUUUUUUGCCCUCCCUUUUCUUUUCAAAAUCUUCUCGGAGAACUGGAGGAAAAAGGCUCUGUGGAAGAGGUAGACAGAGUAAAGCUUCUUCCUCCUUUAAAUUCUUCUAUAUUUGUUUUCAUCAGUGUCCUUACUUAUCUGUUGUUCCACUUUUUACUGAAAAAGCUAUCUUUUAUUGAGAUUUUCACCUCUUUCCUGCUUCACUCUUCACUCUCUCCUUUUUUUCAGCCCUUUAGUUAGAAAUCUUCUGGGACAAAUGAAAGCAAAAUCUCCAAGGAGGUAGAAGGAGUUAAUUUUCUUAAGUUCUUUAUUUUUUGCUUUUUUAAAGAGCCUUUCUUUCCACUGUUUAGACAUCUUAAAGAAGCUUCUGGGACAAGUGAAGGAAAGAACUUUGAGGAGUAAGGAGAAGGAGUACACGUUCUUAAAUUUUGUUGUGCGUGUGUGACAUCUUUCUUUCCCACCCCUGUCUUAUUUCUUUUUCCAACCCUUUUUCCCCUGAGAGAAUUUUUCAAUAAAAGGAUCCUCCCAGAACAAAUGAAGGAUAAAGCUCCAAUGGGAGAGAGGGAGUAAACAGUCCUUAAGAUAAUUUUGUUCUGUGAUUCCCACCCCCACGUUUUGCAACUGAAGGAAAGCUGCUUAUUUUUUAUUUUAAGUCCUUGGAGAAAGUUGCAGGACAGCAAAAGCUCUGAGAAUAGGCCUUUUGUUAAUUUUGUUUUUUUUAUAACGCCCUACAAAUUUCUGCACCCCCAUUCAUCAUUGUGCCCCUCUGCUUAAAACAAACUCCCCGCCUGCCAAGGAUGGAUUGUGACUGUGGAUCCUGGGCUGUUUUGCGACCUCUCCUUCACUGUGUGUGUGCCUUCUCUUAUUUAAGAAUGUGGUGUCCUGUGACUGCCCGUCACCUGUUUGAAAUCUGAAGAAGGAGGCUGCGCUUUUAUUACUCUGAAGGGCAAACCGUGUCUGAACGUCGGUCAAGAUGCCGGUGUCGAAGGUGCCAAGGAACCAUUCGGCUGCCAUAUCUUAAAUUAAAGGAACUGCUUCGGAGGUUGUCCGAUUGUGACGCCAACAGGGGAGAAGGAGGUGUCUCUCUUUCUUUUGCAAUCCCUGAAACUCUCUUAUUUUGUUACUUUGGAGUGAUGGCAACGGACCCAGGAGAGCCCUCCGGUCCGGAGGAUUCCAGCAAACCGGGAGGGGUGCCCAGCAGCUCUGGGCAGGCACCCGCUGACUCUGGCUCUGGCUCUGGUUCAACCCCUGCCUCUGGCAAGAUGGAGAGGGCUGGCGAUGGCAGUCCCCCGGGCCUCCCGGCGCGACUGGACCGGGACGCCGAGAACCACCGCUUCGUGCGCAGGAGUGUGGAGCUGGUCGAUCGAGAGCCGGUGGGAGGCCGACAGCCCGAUGGCCAUGCCUGCCCAAGCACCCCCGAGGGCCGGAGUGAGCUGGCAACACCCCGAGGGCCUGCCCCAGAGGGUCCCAGGGAGGUGGCCCGCGAGAGGACGGAGAAGGAGAAUGAGGAGGAGGCCGAGAUGAAGGCGGUCGCCACCUCUCCGGGAGGCCGCUUCCUGAAAUUUGACAUUGAACUCGGGCGUGGAGCCUUUAAGACCGUGUACAAGGGUUUGGAUACUGAGACCUGGGUUGAGGUUGCUUGGUGCGAACUGCAGGACAGGAAGCUUACCAAAGCCGAGCAGCAGCGAUUCAAGGAGGAGGCGGAAAUGCUGAAGGGUUUGCAGCAUCCAAACAUUGUGCGGUUUUACGACUCCUGGGAGUCGACACUGAAAGGGAAGAAAUGCAUUGUGCUGGUCACAGAGCUGAUGACGUCAGGAACCCUGAAGACUUACUUGAAGCGGUUCAAGGUGAUGAAGCCGAAGGUGUUGCGGAGCUGGUGCCGACAGAUCCUGAAGGGCUUGCACUUCCUCCACACCCGCACGCCGCCCAUUGUCCACCGGGAUCUGAAGUGCGACAAUAUCUUCAUCACUGGACCCACCGGAUCCGUCAAGAUUGGCGAUCUGGGCCUUGCUACCUUAAUGCGCACAUCAUUCGCCAAAAGUGUGAUCGGCACUCCAGAGUUCAUGGCCCCGGAGAUGUACGAGGAGCACUACGAUGAGUCAGUCGAUGUUUACGCCUUUGGAAUGUGCAUGCUGGAAAUGGCUACCUCCGAAUACCCUUACUCAGAGUGUCAGAACCCUGCCCAGAUCUAUCGCAAAGUCACCAGCGGCAUUAAGCCAGCGAGCUUCAACAAAGUCAGUGACCCGGAAAUCAAAGAAAUUAUUGAAGGAUGUAUCCGGCAGAACAAGACCGAAAGGCUGGCCAUCAAGGACCUGCUGAGCUACGCCUUCUUUGCCGAGGACACCGGCCUGCGGAUUGAGCUGGCCAAGGAAGACAGCGGGCAGGACAGCUCGCUGGCACUGCGGGUCUGGGUGGAGGACCCCAAGAAGCUGAAGGGCAAGCACAAGGAUAACGAAGCCAUUGAGUUCAGCUUCGACCUGGAACGGGACACCCCCGAGGAGGUGGCACAGGAAAUGGCGAGUGUUUGAUUGAACCCCAACCCCUCUAUCUGUGACUCUGUGUCC